AUGUCUUCUAUGCGCGGGCUGGUCCAGUUCAUAGCUGACCUACGGAAUGCUCGGGCUAGAGAACUGGAGGAAAAACGCAUCAACAAGGAGCUGGCCAAUAUUCGACAGAAAUUCAAAGACGGAAGUCUGAAUGGUUACCAAAAGAAAAAAUAUGUCUGCAAACUUCUAUACGUCUAUAUUCAAGGCUAUGAUGUUGAUUUUGGCCAUUUGGAAGCUGUCAACUUGAUAUCUGCAACCAAGUACUCGGAAAAACAGAUAGGGUAUUUGGCUGUUACCCUUUUUCUUCACGAGCAGCAUGAAUUGCUUCAUUUGGUAGUGAACAGUAUCCGGAAAGACUUGCUGGAUCAUCAUGAACUUAACAACUGUCUCGCAUUGCAUGCAGUUGCUAAUGUUGGUGGAAGGGAAAUGGGUGAAGCCCUGAGUGGUGAUGUUCAUCGUUUAUUAAUAUCUCCUGCUUCAAAGGCAUUCGUUAAGAAAAAAGCUGCCCUUACCCUUCUCCGAUUAUAUCGUAAAUACCCCGGAAUCGUGCAACAGGAAUGGGCUGAGCGUAUUGUAUCUUUGAUGGAUGAUCCAGACAUGGGAGUGGCUCUGUCGGUGACAUCUCUAGUUAUGGCUCUUGUUCAAGAUAAUCCUGACCAGUACAAGGGAAGCUAUGUCAAGGCAGCCCAAAGGCUAAAGAGGAUUGUCAUUGACCACGAUGUUUCUCAGGAUUACAUCUACUACAAUGUGGGAUGCCCUUGGAUGCAGGUAAAACUGCUACGAUUGUUGCAAUAUUAUCCUCCGUCUGGUUACGACUUAGCUAAUUCUUAUCUUCUUCCCAUGAAUUCAACAGAGGAUGUUCAUGUGAGAGACCUCAUAAGGCAAAGCAUCCAGCAAAUCAUGAACUCGGCCAUGGAUAUGCCCAAAAAUGUGCAGCAAAACAAUGCCCAAAACGCUGUUCUAUUUGAGGCCAUAAAUCUCUUAAUCCACCUUGAUACCGAACACACCCUUAUGAUGCAGAUUUCCUCUCGCCUAGGCAAAUUUAUUCAAUCUCGAGAGACUAACGUAAGGUAUCUUGGACUAGACGCAAUGACUCAUUUUGCGGCUAGGGCAGAGACGUUAGAUCCCAUACAGAAGCAUCAAAACAUAAUUCUUGGAUCGUUGCGAGACCGAGAUAUUAGCGUACGACGAAAGGGAUUGGACCUUCUGUACAGCAUGUGCGAUACCACAAAUGCACGCCCUAUCGUCAACGAACUUCUCAAGCACCUUCAGAGCGCCGAUUUUGCCAUUCGGGAAGAAAUGGUUCUUAAAAUUGCCAUUCUUACGGAAAAAUAUGCCACAGAUGCACAGUGGUAUAUCGACAUUUCGCUCAAAUUGUUAUCUGUAGCUGGUGACCAUGUCAGCGAUGAAGUUUGGCAGCGAGUUGUGCAGGUGGUCACAAACAACGAAGAGCUUCAGGCUUAUGCUGCCCAGCACAUUUUGGGCUAUAUAAAGGGCGAGUGCCAUGAUAGCUUAGUGAAAAUUGGCGGCUAUAUAUUGGGGGAGUUUGGCCACCUAAUUGCAGAUAACAAGGGUUGCUCACCCAUCGAACAAUUUUUAGCACUCUACUCAAAGAUGGCAUUUUGCUCCGACAACACUCGCGCUUUGCUCUUAUCUUCCUUUAUCAAGUUUGUGAAUCUCUUCCCAGAGAUCAAACCACAAAUUCUCCGAGUUUUCCAAGUAUACAGCCACUCUCCUGAUACAGAGAUGCAACAGCGAGCUUAUGAAUAUUUAAUGCUUGCUACUCUUCCCACCGAUGACCUCCUUCGAACAGUUUGUGAUGAGAUGCCGCCAUUCUCGGAGAGAAUUUCCGUGUUGUUGUCUCGGCUUCAUCAGAAAAGCUCUGGAACGAGUGACAAGCGAACUUGGGUUGUUGGGGGCAAAGAUGCCAAUGCAGAUGACAAGGAGUUCAUGCUGACGCAGAACACCGGCUUGAAACGUACCUUCACAUCUAUCGCCAAUGGAUCGGCCACCCCACAGCAGGCAGGGGGAGUAGGCACAACAUCCAACGACCUGGAAGGUCUGGACUUCACUUCGGCCAGUGAUACAGUACCUAACUUGGCCAGCGCCGCCCAUUUGUCCCCGGAAUGGGAGCCUGGCUUUAACAGACUCUUCUUCACUACCGAGGGAGUUCUUUUCGAGGAUGCCCAGAUUCAAGUUGGACUCCGAUCCGAAUACCGAGCCCACCUUGGCGUCUGCAAGCUUUACUUUGCAAAUAAAUCCGCUUAUUCCAUCGGGUCUUUCACCAUAACACUUGAUAACCCUUCACCUGAAAGCCUCAAGAUUGAUACCAAGGAUAUACCGGAUCCAGAUGUUGCUGCAUCCGGCCAAACCCACCAAACCGUUUGUUUCGAGUGUCUGGGCUCAUUUACCAAGGCUCCAACGAUUCGAAUAUCAUACCUUGCGGGUGCAUUACAAGCGUACACCUUGCAACUACCGAUUCUCAUGCAUAGGUACCUUGAAGCGUCAUCCCUAACAUCAGAUGAUUUCUUUAAACGUUGGCGACAAAUAGGUGGAGGCCCCUUGGAAAGCCAAUCAACAUUUGGCCUUACGAAGAAAGGCCGCCCGUUAAGUGAAAGGAAUCUUCAAUUGAUUGUCGAGAAUUUCAAGUGGAAGAUACUUGCAAAUGUCGACCCAAACCAAAAGAACCUGGUUGGAUGUGCUGUUUUCCAAACUCAGAGCUCAAAGACAGGAUGUUUGUUGAGGCUCGAGCCUAACUAUGAGAAACAGAUGUACCGUAUCACUAUUCGGGCGACCCAGGAGGACGUUCCACGGGCUUUGGUCGAGUUGAUGGAAGACAGGAUCUCACGAGGUGCCGUUUGUGACAUCUUCAGCGACUAG